AUGUCUUCACCUGUCAACGCUAAGCUUAGUUUGAUGUACGACCAGCUGGUGAAAGGCUCAUUUGAUGAUGCUGUUUGGAGUGCAUUGACAUGGACAGAGGGUCUCAGAAUGAAGGUGCUAAUGACAUUGAAGAUUGUCCUUUCAUCCAGUCUGCAUCAGUGGAUGGACAUCUCUCCUUCUCCAUGUCUGAUCAAGUUCCUUGGUCAUGAGUAUUGUGAAAUCCGUUAUUCCGCUUGGUUGGACACUUUCUAUGGAGAGCACAAUGAAGGGGAUCUCAAGGACUUCUUCAAUCCUAUAUUUGGAAGCUGCAUGUCAUCCCACAUUCAGAAAGAAGUGGUCAUUGUUUCACGGCCCUUGAAGAAACGCCAUUCAGUGUUGAUGUCUGCUGGUCCUCCUGUGGAUCUUUGUCUGGCUGAUUGUGCCCCAUCCAAUAAGCAGGUUGCUGGCAUCAGUCCCUUGGUUGACCUCAUGGAUGACAAAAACAACCUUGCUGUUGCUGUUGCUCCAGUGACCAUCAGCAGGCUUGCUGUCUCAGCUCAGGCAAUGACAGAUGCCAAAUUGGUAUCCACCAAGGCCAAAUAUUCCAACCUUCCUCCGGUUUCUGAAGGCAUGUUGGUGGAUGCAAUCAAGCUUGCCAUUGAUGUUGGUUGGGGUUUGAUGAAAGAACACAUCCUUCCCAACAACAGGAUGAUGCUGAUCCCUGAUUUUGUUCUCAAUGCUGGAACCUGGAAGGGUCUUACCAUCACUGAAUUAGAAGAGGUGGCUGCCUACAAUGUCCUACCUUCUUCUGUUUUGCUUGAUCAUAUUGUUGAUGACAUUGAUGGAUCAUCUGAUCCUGGUGACUGGCAUUCUGGCCAUUGCGAUGGCUGUCAAGAAGAUUAUGCCUUUGAUGUUCUCCUCAACAUACCCCACAUUAAGCAUAUGAUCUGUGGAGGAGUCUUCAAGAUUACUUAUGAGAAUGAUGAAAGCUGGUCCUGCAUGAAUUGCUUAUACAAGCACCAUCUUUGCAGCUUUGGCCCAGAAUUGGUUGCAGAAGUAUUGUGUCUCAGCAAUGAAGGCUGCAUGCUUCUUAAUCACCAGGAGUUUAUGCAUCAACAUUACAAUGAAAGUAUCUGGAUUAUGCAAGAUGGAGUGGAAGUUAGGAGGAAGCAUGAAGCAUUGUUGAAGAAGGUCAUCCGUGAUCUUAGACUGUCUCAAUAUGACAAGAAAAAAAACAAAAUUCCUUCAACCAUCGGUCCAGUCAAUAUCAUCAUGCUGUCAGAUGAUCUUUUGCAGCCCCAUUCAGUCCCAGAGCCAACAAACUCCCCACCAGUCAAUGCUCCUGUGGUUGUGAAGGUUGAGGAUGAUCUGUUGAUUGAUCUCAAUAAGCCUGACAAAUCCAUUACUGUGCUGGAGAUGGAGGGUUAUGUUGCCCUGGAUAUUCAGGAGCAACAUAGGUUGGCUCUUAACCAUGGUGGUUGA